AUGUCCAGGCCGCCGCUGCCGCUCCUGCAGCCCACGGCCUCGCUGCUGCUGCCCCUGCUGCUGCUGCAGCCCACGAGGGCCUCGCUGCAGCCCAACACGCUACCGUCAAUGGCGCCGCCGCCCUGGUCACCCGUUCGAGCGCCGCGAAUCGCCGACCGCGGCGCGGGCCGGUACACCCAGGCGCGGAGCGGCGCGGACGGCAACGUCACGCUCUGCUGGAACGCAGUCGAGCCCGAGGCGGGCCUGCGGCUCGCGAGGUGCGGCGGCUCGUCGUGCGAGGGCUGGUCCCACCCGCCGACGCUCGUCUCUGGCGCCGACGGCGAUCCGCGCUUCAUCCGGAUGCGCAUGGCGCACCGCUCCUCGCGGCCAGUCCUCUGCCACACGUCGAGCGGCGGCCGCGCCCUCUCGCUCGGCAUCUGCCUCGACGCGGUCUGCAGCCAGUUCAAGGCGGUGGAGCUCGAGAGGGCCGUCAAGGUGCGCCACUGCGACCUCGAGUCGUCGGGCCGCGAGGGCACGCGCGUCGCCGCCGCCCUGUCGGACGAGGCCGGGUCGCGCCUGGUGCUGCUGAGGGUGGACCUGCCCACCGGCUCCGUGGCGGCCAAAACCGUGCUGGCGACCGCGGCGGACCCCUUCACCGUCAACGAGACGACGCGGCGCCCCGAGCGCGGCAUCGAGGGCCCCGUGCUCGCGGAUCGGCGCUCGAGCGUGGUGGUGGCGCAGGGCGGCGGUGCGGGCGUGGCGGCGGCGGGCGGCAUGGACGCGCUCCUGCUCACAUUCUUCGACCUCGCCCGCCACUCGCUCUUCCUGGCGCGCUGCUUCCGGCUGCUUCGCCGUUGCGACGCGCCGCGCCGCAGCGCCCCAGCCGCAGCCCUCGGCCUCGGCCUCGGACGCGUGAUCCGUGGCGACGCCCUCGCCCCCUUAAGCGACUUUGGUGCGGGCGCCUUCCCCGACCUCGCCCUCUCGCCGCACGGCGCGCCGGCCCUCGCCUACUUCGUCGAGGCCUCGCCCUCGCGCGGCUGCCUGCGGGUGCUCCGCUGCAGCGACCCGCUCUGCGGCUCGUGGCGCCUCUUUGACGCCUCGUGCGGCCCGCGCGGGUACGGACGGGACGCCUCGCUCGCCUUUGGUCGCGACGGCGCUAUCGUCGCCUCGUUCCUCGACCUCGACGGCCACGACGACCCCGCGAGGAUGAUUGCGCGCGUGGCGGUGUACAAUGAUAGCCAGGGCGCCGUGCUCGCAGAUUAG